UGACAAAACUUUACUUCUGAUUUGAAAUUCGGCAAUAUGUCGUUCACAUGAACAUGUCAAAGUUAUUUUUAGCGUUAAAAUUUUAUUAAUAUUUCUGUUUAUUUUGUUUAUUCUUAGUUUGUUUACCUGUGGAAGAUUUUAGAAAUGGAUAAAUUGAAGAAAGCUCUAAGUGGAGAUGAUGUGGACGAAGAGCAAGGAAUUAUGGCUCAGGUUGUAGAUGCAUCCACUUUAAGUUGGUCUACUAGAAUAAAAGGUUUUAUUAUCUGCUUCAUUUUAGGCUUUGCUUUUUCAAUUUUGGGAUCAGCGUGUAUGGCCAUUCCCGGUAAAGGCUUUAUUUUGUUUGGCAUAUUUUAUACUUUAGGCAACAUAACUGCAUUAGCAAGCACAAUGUUUCUUAUGGGUCCAUGUAACCAAUGCCAGAAAAUGUUUGCUCCUACAAGAUUUUUUGCAACUAUAGCCGUUUUGGGAUUUCUUGCAUUAACACUUUGUGCUGCAUUUUGGGUAAUGGAAAAAAUAGGCCUUGUAAUUUUAUUUUGUAUAUUACAAUUUCUAUCAAUGACAUGGUAUUCUUUAUCAUACAUUCCUUAUGCAAGGAAUGCUGUUGUGAAAUUUUUCCAGUCCUGUAUAUCAUAGACUCUGAAACAACUGUCAUUCAAAUUGGAAAAACUAAUUUCAUUGCAAACACUUAAAUAUUUAAUGAACUCAUAGUUAUCUUUGUUACAUAAGAGAAUUUAUAAUCAGAAUGUGUAUUUUGCCUUACAUCUGUGUUAGAUGUAUAUUUUUGAUACAUGUAUAAAUGUUGGGGAUUUGUGAUUGCAUUGAUGAAUUUGAAGCAAUAUUUUCUUUAAAACUAUAUGUAAAAACAUGUAUGUAUGAAUGUGUAUGUAUUUAGGGUACUGUGUUAAAGAAUGAAAUUCAACUUUUAAAAAUAAUAAUAAAUUUCAAAUAUUCUUGUUGAAAUUGUUAGACCUUGAAUUGCAUUUUAUUAUGAGAAAAAAAAUUCAAGAAAAAUUGUAAUUUAAUCUUAAAGGUACUGUGAAAUUACCAAUCGGCUGUCACCAAGACCUAAUGAAACAUUUUAUCUUUAAAGAGUUACCAUUUGUUGGACUUUUCUUAGACAUUAUUGUUGUAGUUUGGAUAAGUAAUUCAUUUGCUGAUGCUUGAUAAAUGAUAUAUUUUGUAAUGAAAGCCUGAAGCUUAAAUCAAUAAGAGCUUAUUUGUUCUGACCAAAAUAUUGCCUUUUCAAUGGCUUUUGGUGGCAUAGAUGAGAAGUCAACAUGAAAUUUGUAUACUUAUUACUGUUGAAAAUAUAUUUACUUUUAAAACAAAAUUAUUUUGAAGUGUGAAGCUUGUUUGGGUAGCUUAGCUUUUCUGUGUUGUCAAUUCAAGCCAGCACGCCAUCACCUAAGUACUGCUGGCAUUGAGACUGACUGCAGACCCCAACGAGCAAAAAGUAUCUAACGUGCAAAACAUUUUUAGUAUAAUUUUCACCAUGGAGCUGGUAUCUAACUAGAGUGUGUACUUCUUCUAGCCACAAGGCAGAAACUGUCUAUCAACGUGAGGAUAAAAUACUCAUCAAAUAUGAGGUUUGUUUUGUAUUUGUCACCUUUCUUGCCAAAUCAUAGUAAAGCUGAAGUACAUGUUUUUACUAAGUUUUGUGCACUUUAGAUUGUUGGGCUCCCUGAGCAGUAGUGUUCAAAACCAUUUUCAUCUGUACAACCAAAGCAUAACCCUUGCAAGCGCUCUUGUUAAAUUGUAGCUCUAUGAUCCUCACAGAAUGGGUCUAAUGCAAAAUGUGCUUAGCCAAUGAAAUCUGUAAACUGUUCUAAAAUUGACUCAACUUACAAAAUAUGCAGUUUUGUGAAUAAUUUAUUUUAGGAAAUAAAAAUAUUAUUUCUUCAUUAAUAAUCAGCACUCUUAAGAUCAAUUUUAUAGCUUUUUCAAUUAAAUAUUAAAAGCUUUAUUAAUCUCUUAAAGAUGAUGUGCGAAAUAAAUUUGAUUAAUGCGUAUCAAAGAAGAAAAAAGGCACACAAUAGUCCGCACAAAGUAUUUAGCUACUUAAUAUUGAAUUUCUGCCACAAUAACCCCCCGAGCAGUGCACUCCACAAAAUAUGAGGGAAGGUCGUCUUAACUGGUUUACAGGAUUUGUGACAUCACUAAUUUUCGGCUGAUUUCAGAAUAUUAAAAAAAAAAAGAAUUCUAAAAAAAGCGAAGCUAGUCUGGUGAAGUGGACCUCAAUGGAAAUUUAAUGACUCACAAAAAUGUUAGCUCAGAGUGUUGGCUCGUUAAAAGCCGGUUAUGUCCUCAUAGACUUAACUUUGUACGAACCAGGUGCAUCAGGUUUCCCUGUUACGUUUGGGUUCUCGUUAAAUUGGGGCUCGUUAACUAUAAAAUGUGAGAUUGAUGCCCUGUCCAAUACGGUAUAAGGUAAAAAUCAAAAAUUUUAAGACCAAGUUUUCAUAUAUUUUCUUUUGUAUAUGCCAAAAUUGAAUGUUUACCCAGGUGGGUUGUUCAAAUUUUUACAUAGUUAGUAACUCGUUAAAUUUAACAUUGUUGAAUAUGUACAAAGGGAUGGCGUAUUUAAUUUUAAAAAAGAUAAAAGAUUUUAUGAACACUUUUCCUUUCAAUGCACUUGUGCUCUUAAGAAGCCUGAGACAUGUCUAUUGGAACAUUUGCCAUAUGUGCUCGGAAAAUUGUUAUAUAUUAACAUCACCUUUGGAAGUCUUAGAUUUUACAAACUAUAAAUGAGUACAUUUAUUUUUCAUAUUAAAAAAUGGUUGAAAUGUCGUGAAUUUGCAUUGAAUUUUUAUCUACUUUUAAUUGUUAUAAAAAUUUUAUCCUAAACACUUAAAUGUUGAAAUAACAGCAACUUAGUUUUCUGCCUCUUUUUGAAAAAAUGUGAUAUAAAAUUUUUAAUAAAAUGCUAUGUCUUUAAGCUGUUUUACACAAAUUUGUGCCUAUGUAAAAAUUGAAAUUUUAUAUUUAAUACUAUACCAAUGGUGUUUUUGUGCACCAAAGCUUCAUAUUCAUUUACAUAGAUAAAUAUUGUCUUUAAAUUUUCUUGUUCGUAAAUUCUACUUUUGCUGAAAUACUUUCACAUUUUUAUGGGUUAUAAAAGUAUGAACAAACUAUAAUUCGUUCUUUCUGUACUUGUGCUCUUAAACUUUGAAUAUCAACUUUAAUUCCAUGAUAUUCAUUUAUUGUUUUUCUGAGAUUAUAUUUAACAAUCUUUCUGUUAAUGUCACAACUUUCAAGUUUUCUGCAUUAAGUUAUAAAUGUAUGAAUAAAAAUUAUUCUCAGUAUUAAAAUUUUUGUGGUUUAGGUGACUCAUGUAUGUGUAUAUUUGCUAAUUUUUAUGUAAGCUUUAUAUAUUUUGUAUAUUUUUUGAUCAGUUCUUGUACAAACAACUUUUCAUUGCCAAUCAGCAAAAAUAAAAGAAAAUACAUUUUGAA